AUGAUGAUAUGUGAUCUCUUGGAUACAACCACACACACAAGUACCAGGCAUUGCUACUCAGCUGAGCAAAAUGUCUUUCUCCUAGCAGUGGUGCUCAUCAUCAUAGAUUUCAAAUCCUUGACGAUGUGGCCAUGCUGUCCCUUCUUCCUUCUGCCACCUUCUCUCUUUGUCUGCCUGCUCUUCUUACCCUUGGGGCACUUCUGCCCUCCUGUGUGUAGCUGUAUGGACUACCACACUAUCGACUGCAGAGAUCAAGGACUCCCCAGGGUCCCUAGCCCGUUUCCCCUGGAUGUACGGAAACUUCUCAUAGCGGAUAACAACAUUCAGGAUAUACCAUCUGAUUUCUUUAUCUUUUAUGGAGAUCUGAUCUACUUGGACUUCAGCAAUAAUUCCAUCACCUCCAUAGAAGAGGGGACUUUCAGCAGCUCCACAAAGCUGGUUUUUUUAGACUUAAGCUACAAUAAUUUAACGCAGCUCGAUGCCGGGAUAUUCAGGUCGGCAGAAAAGCUGAUCAAAUUAAGCCUCGGGAACAAUAAUCUGGUGGAUGUUGAUGAGGCUGCUUUUGAGAACCUGGAGCAGCUCCAAGUGCUAGAGCUGAAUGACAAUAACUUGCAGACCCUCAGCGUGGCUGCCCUGGAAGGUCUUCCAUCUCUUCGGAUUAUACGCCUGGAGGGCAACCCUUGGAUCUGCGACUGUGACUUUGCCAACCUCUUCAGCUGGAUACAGGAGAAUGCAUCCAAGCUUCAGAAAGGUCUCCAUGAAAUCCAGUGUUCCCUGCCUGUGGAAAAUAGAAGAAUCUUUCUGAAUGAAUUAUCUGAUGUCAGCUUCAGUGAAUGCAAAUUUAAUUUAUCUUUAACGGACCUUUUUAUCAUCAUUUUCUCUGGAGUUGCAGUCUCCAUUGCUGCUAUUCUAUCAAGCUUCUUCUUGGCAGCAUUGGUACAUUGCUUCCAAAGAUGUGCUCCUAAUAAAGAGGGUGAGGAUGAAGACGACGAAGAAAGUGAGGGCUGAACAUUGUCUAUGUUCUCUUUAUGUUAAAAAUGGGAAAAUAAAAGAAAUAAGAAGAAAUGGAAGCGCUUUAAAUAUGUGAACUAAAUCCAACAAAUUAAUAAUGGCCCAACCAAAUCUCACUAAAGUCAAUGGUGGAAAGCACAAUGCACCUCUGAGAACAUAGCGGCUGGACUUCUCUUUCUAACCAAGAGACCAUGAAACUGGACAUUUCUGUGAUGUUUACUCAGACUUUGCAUUCAAAGUUGAAGGGAAGAGGACAUGGAAAGGAUGUGAAGAGAAGUCCUGUGUUUUAAGAAAAACUAACUUCUGACAGCCUUUAGAUUGCCUUCUUGAAUGGCUAUAAGCGCUUACUAGUUGGUUGUAACUACACUCCAGAAAGGAUCUGCUUUAUUGCAGGGCUUUGAGUUGGAAAUACAAAAGCAAUCAUAUAUCUUCCUCACUAGGACUAGGUAAAAGGGAGAUUCUGGUAAACGCUUCAACUUGCAGCAUGACAAAGUUCAGUCAAAAUAGUCCGUAGAUCUUGACAGAGUAGUAACAGAAGGCUAGCAUUUUCUUGAUAUAAAUAUCCACCCUUCAGCCAAUGACACUGAUUUUGGGCUUCACUGAAGCAAAGAAAUGUUUUACGUAAGCCAAUAUUGUUCUAGGUCUUAACAGCAAAGGGAACCUCUCAAUCACUGGCUGCUGAAAAGCAGCUACCCACCCAGUACAUUUGGCCAUGUACAAAUACAAAUGAUAACGUUCUUCUGUGUUGUUAGAUGCAAUGAGGCAAAGACAAUCCUUGUUUAAUAACGCUGGAUCUCAGUAUCUAUUCUACCGUAUCAUUCAAGCCCCAGCACAAUGCUGGCUUUCAUUACUCACCUGAAUAACUUGACUACUAUAAACAGGGGGUCACUCCAACUAGAAUUGCGACUGGAAUAGUAAUGCAUUGAAAUACCCUGGUGCUUUCAUUCUGCUUCUGCGUAACCAGAAUUUUGUGAUACCCAUGUUCAUUACAAAGAGACAUGAGGAUGAAGCAAAACCUGGGAAUUGAACAGCCCCAAACAUGGAGAGCUGCUUUGCAUUUCAAAAAUCGGUCCCUUCUCCUGAGCUAAGAUGCCCCAGUCUCUAUGGAGUUGGCAAUCUGGGUUGAUCAGAGUCUGAAUUACGGAACUCAAUGCAUGCCUCAUUACAAGUGGGUUUGAAGUAUGAGUAUAAGCAUGUCCCAUUAGGAAAUACAAAAAGAGCAAUUAAAAUAUUCAUACUUAAUACUGUGGUUUGCUUUCAGAAAGUAGAGGAGGAAAAAUAGGAUCUGUCUUGAAUACACACAUUAUUAGUUUGCCCUUGAAUAUAUACAUUAUUGGAGAUGAAGCCAAGUGUAAAAUUUUCUCUGGAUCAUUUUUCAGUCUAAAAUCCAUGAGUCGGGAUGUGCUGAAGCCUUAUUCACGUCAGUAGAAUUUAGUGAUAUGCUUUAAGAUAAGCGCCUGCUUACCUACUGCCCUGAAUAAGAUUGCUUUGAUGAAUAGGGGCAAAAAUAUACUCAUAUCUGGGGUUUCUCUUGUCCAUCCCUAUUACAAAGCAAUGAUCCUAACAGCCUUUUCACUGAAUAUAGGAUCAGAUUAUGUUUCUGUAAAGCAGAGAUUGCCAUGGAGUUUGUUCAGCCAAAGGGGUUCACAUUUAUCAAAGGAUAUACUUUAAAUAAUUUGUUCUCUGAAUAAUUAGCAUUAAAUAAAUUAUGAAAAAAAUGCCUUACGUGGAUCUGGGGUUAGAUAUGAGGAGAGCUUUCCCACUGUGGCAAGAUAACAUAAUCAAUUAUGAGUACUGGCCAACAAGAUCCUUCAAGCUGAUCCAUGUGGGCCCCUCCUUGUUGACUUCACCCAGGCUUAAAGACUUACCUGCAGAAUCAGGUAUGAAUCAUUUUGAAAUACUAAGGGCUAUAUUCUACUCAAUUACUGUGGUAUAAAUCCAGAGUGAUGACAGUUGAGGUCAGUGGUGUUCUCUUAAUGAACAGCAAUGAAGCAAGAGUAGAAUCUGGCCCUCAAAUCUUACAAUUCUGGCUGUACUGUAGUUCUUGUCAAAACUUGAUUUCAUCUACAGGAGCCUAGACAUUUUUGUUAAAAAAAAAUGAAAAUGAACAUUUGUUACAAGAGCUUUUUGGAAUAGUGCCGGACAGCUUUUUAGGACAAGUUUAUUUUUAACAAAUUUGUAAAGGAAAUAUUUUUUUAAAAAACAUACAUAUUGAAAAUAGUAUUUAGAAAAGCCAUGAAGGCUGAAAAUAAUAAUAAAUAAACAAGAAAAACCCAGCCUAAAGACUAUAUUCUAUUGCAGAACAAUCAGAUCUGACAAAAAGUAGCGUCUGUUUAACUGCUGUAAAAUUGGUAUUAUUUCUAUAAAGCUUUUCCUUUUCCUUUUCCUUUUGUUUUCUAUGUUUUUGCCUUGUACAGUUAAUGUGAACUGACUUGUAUGGCAAUCACCCCAAACCUUUUGUACCUAAAUAGUGUGCUAGUGCUCACAUAAAUGGAACUGGAAUUGUAUUGGCCUAUUAGAGGGGUAGCAUGGUCUAGUGGAUAGGGUGCAAGAUUAGGACUCAUUCUUUGCUGGCGACCAGCUGUGUGACCUUUGGCAAGUCACUUCACCUCUCUGCGCCACAGUUUCCUUGUCUGUAAAAUGGGGAUCCCAAUAUUUAGUUGCCUUCUUAAAAGUGCUUUGAGAUCUAUGGGUGAAACACAUUGUAUUGGGGUCAUGUAUUCUCAUCGCAUAAGGUAGGCCGGGGCACAAAAUAUACAAUAGAUCUCAUAUCGAUCUCACAUCACUCUAACUCCAUUGAUGUCAGAGGACGGACCCCUCAUUUACACCAGGCUGAGAUCAAAACCAGGCUCAGUGUAUUUCACUCCUCCUUAUCUUCCCAGCUUUUUCAGCUUGUUGUGAUGCUACAGCCACUGUCAGAAGAUGUUUUUUUUCUAGAAAUACAUUGCAACAAAAUUAGGCAGUACAGGAGAAGGAUAUGCUACAUCUGUACUGGCUUAUUCUAUUCUUGUUCUUUUAAGAAAAUGAAUUGACAUGAUUUUCAAUAUGUAGUGCCAUGAUUACAAAUAA